CUAUGGAUAUGUGUAUUAGUGGGGUGAUUGCGGAAUCUCCCCAGAGAGUUGCCAUAAAAGUCAUGGUGCAUCUGGGUCUGGCCUGGGGCCAGAGUGCUAGGUGCUAUCCUGUGCUCUUUGGAAAAGGAGCCCGGGGUGUGAACAGGCUUGGGGUGGAGGGGAAUCCUGGAGGGCCCCUCUGGCACAGCCUCAGAAGGUCUGGUCCAGAAGAGGGACCUCAGGCACGGCUGGCCUUGCCUGGGUACAUCUGGCCCCCCUCACUCUCUGUCCCUCUAUGGCACAGGGGGACGGCCAUGGCAGCCUCGGCCACGGCCACGGCCUCGGCCUCUGCAGCGGCUGCGGAGGCGGUACACUACAUCCACCUGCAGAACUUCUCACGCUCACUGCUGGAGACCCUCAACGGGCAGCGGCUGGGCGGCCACUUCUGUGAUGUGACGGUGCGCAUCCGGGAGGCAUCCUUGCGGGCACACCGCUGCGUGCUGGCUGCCGGCUCCCCUUUCUUCCAGGACAAGCUGCUGCUGGGCCACUCGGAGAUCCUGGUGCCUCCCGUGGUGCCCGCACAGACGGUGCGCCAGCUCGUCGAGUUCCUGUACAGCGGCUCACUCGUGGUGGCGCAGAGCGAGGCGCUGCAGGUGCUUACCGCCGCCUCCAUCCUGCAGAUCAAGACGGUCAUCGAUGAGUGCACCCAAAUCAUCUCCCAGGCCCGUGGAGCCGGUGCGCGGGGGCCAGAGGACGGGGCCUCGGGGCCCUCCGCUGCUGCCUCUGCUGCUGCCUCAGCUGAGCUCUGCGCGCCAGGGCCCGGGCCGGGGGCCGAGGUCCGCUACAAGCUUCGAGACCUGCUCUCUGCGCAGCAGCAGCAGCAGCAGCAGCCGCCGCCGCGGACGGUGGCAGUGGCAUCGGCAGCUGACGCGGGUCCCCACGGCUGUCACAGCCGCAAGCAGAGGCAGCCCAUACGCCUGCAGCUGCUGGAGCAGCUGCCCGUGGUGGUCAAGGACGAGGAGGGAGAGGCCUCGCCCACCCGGGUAGCCACCGCCGGGCCAGGGGCUCCAGAGGGGGCUAGAGAAGGCUCGGGCCAGGGGGAUGGGGUGGAGGACGAAGAGGAUGAAGACGAGGACGAUGAGGAGGAUGGGGCUGAGGAAGAGGAGGGCGGCGGUGGGGGUUGCUUUAGUCAGUGUCGGGGAGGCUUCUUUAGCGAGGGGCUUAAAGAGCCUCGGAAGGAAGCGGCCACCGCAGUGGCAGACUUAGCCCCCUCAGAACCCCCCGGAGGGAGAGACUAUUUUGGCGGAUCCUCAGAAGAGGUGUUCCCUGAGAGCUUUAUCCCCGUGUGGCCCAACGAGGAGGUGGCUGAGGGGGGCCCCCGGGAUGCAGCUCCCCCGGCUCUAGACGGCCCCCCCCAGGCUCCCGCUCGGCCCGACUGCAGCUUGGGGCCGCCCCAAAGUUCCGGCUUCGGACCUCGGCCCCCUGAACCCCGGGCCCUAGGCUUUCCCGGCCCCACCAGCGCUGGAGUGAAGGGCUCGGGGGCCACUGGCCUCUUCCCCUUCCACCUGCCGGCUCCUCCCCAGGGCCCCCCCCAGCCUCCGCCCUUCUUCAGCCCCCUCCAGCCAGAAGGCUCUACAGGCGGAGGCGCAGGGGUCUCUACAGCGUCGGCCUCGGCAGCUGCCGGCCUGGGGGGGUUAGGCCCCAUGCAGAUCCAGCACAGUGAAGGUCCUGGUCCGCCUGCGCCCCCCGGGCCGGGGCCCAGGCCCCCAGAGCUGCCUUCCUAUGAAUGCAGCCACUGCCAGAAAACAUUCAGCUCCCGCAAGAAUUACACGAAGCACAUGUUUAUUCAUUCCGGGGAGAAGCCCCACCAAUGCUCCGUGUGCUGGCGCUCCUUCUCACUCCGAGAUUACCUCCUCAAGCACAUGGUCACACACACGGGGGUCCGGGCCUUCCAAUGCUCUGUCUGCUGCAAGCGCUUCACUCAGAAGAGCUCGCUCAAUGUGCACAUGCGCACACACCGGCCGGAGCGCGUGCCCUGCCCUCUCUGUGCCAAGGUCUUCUCCCACCGCACGCUACUGGAAAGGCACCUCAGUUCCCACCCUGCUCCCUGACCCCCUGCCCAGCCCCCCCCCCCCCACCCCGACCUAUUCCCAAGCCAGACACUCCUAAGAGAUUCUUGUGGCCCUCAAAAUGUCCAAGGCCACUCCUUACUGGAACCUUGAACUCUGCUGGUGGAGGGGGAUCCGGUGGCUGGCUAAUAUCGACCUGGUGACCUCUAAUAUUCUGGAGCUAGAAUGAGACUCAAGCCUUCCCUCCCUCCUUAAUCCCCCCCCCAUGGGCUGCCCCCCACUCUUCUUACUGCUGAGCCUUGGACUCCCUACCAGGGGAAGUGUGGGUGUCCAUGAUCCUAUGACCUGUGGGAGGGCAGCCCCAGGCUGGCCUUGUAUGCGCUGCUCUAUGUGGCUCUUUUCUGGAGUUUGGAGCCUCCUCUGUGACUUCCCCCCGGGGGGUAUUUUUUUGUUUGUUAAAAGGAAAAAAAAGUGGUGCAUUCAUAAAGUCAUAUUGAAAUUUC